GAUACCGAGCGCUCUGGCGCGUUAGUUCCAGGAUUACGCCUGCAGGCAUGGACAACGCCUCUAGAUUGGGCAGCCAGGCGAAGAAGCGUCGCGGCCGCUGGCGACUCUAGAACGGGCUAUUCUGGCUCCUUUUACGGGGAUCUGGCACUGCUGAAAAGGGAAUCGUAGCAGCUUUGGCUUCUCUCCUUUCUCUUCCUCCUCCACCAGCUGGAGCUUUGUUCUUUUUCGUGUUUGGAUGUGCGCAGCGAAAUAUUCCGACCCCUCCGCCGUAAUUCGGGUCUCUGAAAAAGCCAUCCUUUCCUAGUUUUGAGAUCUCCACAGACCGCAAGCGGAUUCUCGCCCAGAGUGCCACCUGAGCCUCCAUGCAUUGGCUGCUCGUCUCCGAAGCAAAAGGAUGGCUGCUUUUUCCGAAGCUUCCUUUAACUGAGCGGAUGGGAAAUAUUUGGGAAAGAAGUUUCCUGAGGUGAUUUGGAGGAGUUAAAAGUCCGCCGUUUUCAGCAAGAGGCAGCAGUCAGUAAACUCGCCCAUAAAAAGUCACCAAGAAUCAUGAUUGAAAGAGUCUGUGAAUGGCUACCAGCUUUUCUGUUGGUCCUGCUUUACCUAAUCUUCAAGUGACAAUUAUCUCUUGGUGCCAUAGCACAUGGAUUUCAGGACUGCAUGUGAAGAGUCAAAGACAGGGAUUUGUUUGCUACAGGAUGGUAAUCAGGAGCCUUUCAAAGUGCGGCUGCACUUAGCCAAAGACAUUUUGACAAUCCAAGAACAAGAUGUCAUCUGUGUGUCUGGUGAACCAUUUUAUUCUGGAGAAAGAACUGUAACAAUUAGAAGACAAACUGUAGGAGGAUUUGGAUUAAGUAUAAAGGGAGGAGCAGAGCAUAAUAUUCCUGUGGUCGUUUCCAAAAUUUCCAAAGAACAACGAACGGAACUCUCAGGCCUACUGUUCAUAGGAGAUGCAAUUCUACAGAUUAAUGGAAUUAAUGUAAGAAAAUGCAGGCAUGAAGAAGUGGUCCAAGUUCUUCGGAAUGCUGGAGAAGAGGUAACCCUAACUGUGUCCUUUCUCAAAAGAGCGCCUGCAUUUCUGAAACUGCCCCUUAAUGAAGAUUGUGCAUGUGUUCCUAGUGAUCAAAGUAGUGGCACAUCCUCACCUCUGUGUGACAGUGGUUUACAUCUUAACUAUCAUCCCAAUAAUACGGAUACGCUUUCGUGUUCUUCAUGGCCAACAUCUUCAGGUCUUAGAUGGGAAAAGAGGUGGUGUGACCUCCGAUUAAUUCCUCUUCUUCAUUCAAGGUUUUCUCAGUACCUCCCAGGAUCAGAUAUGUGCAGGCAAAAUGCAUUCCAAGUAGUUGCUGUGGAUGGCAUUUGCAGUGGAAUAAUUCAGUGCCUGUCUGCUGAAGACUGUAUCGACUGGCUACAAGCAAUAGCGAUUAAUAUCUCCAAUCUCACAAAGCACAAUAUUAAAAAAAUCAACAGGAAUUUUCCCGUAAACCAGCAGAUAGUCUACAUGGGCUGGACAGAGGAACGGGAACAAGAUUCUCUUCAAGACCGAGUGUACACGCCAAAGUUUCUUGCACUGAGGGGUUCUUCACUUUAUAAGUUUUUAGCACCUCCAGUCACAACAUGGGACUGGACCCGAGCUGAAAGAACAUUUUCUGUAUAUGAGAUCAUGUACAAAAUAUUCAAGGACAGUGAUAUACUGGAUCGGCGAAAACACUGCUUUGGAGUACAAUCUGAAAUGGGAGAGGAUCUCUACUUCUCUGUGGAAUUAGAAUGUGAUCUCAUACUAUGGGAAAAGGCCUUCCAAUCAGCAACUUUUUUAGAAGUGGAGAGAAUACAGUGUAAAACAUAUGCCUGUGUUUUGGAGAGUCAUCUUAUGGGGCUUACCAUAGACUUUGGCAUGGGCUUUGUAUGCUUUGAUGCUGCAACAAAGGCUGUACUAUGGCGGUACAAGUUUUCCCAGCUUAAGGGGUCUUCAGAUGAUGGCAAGAGCAAAAUUAAAUUUUUAUUUCAAAAUCCUGAUACUAAGCAGAUUGAGGCAAAGGAAUUGGAAUUUUCAAAUUUAUUUGCAGUUCUGCAUUGCAUCCACUCAUUCUUUGCAGCUAAGGUGGCAUGUUUGGACCCACUCUAUGUUGGUAGUCAAGCCACAACUGCCACUAAUUCUGCUUCUGUUGCUUCUUCUUCUUCUUCUUCUUCUGCUACUACUACUGCCACAUCAUCUGGCAGUUGCAAAUUAAAAUAUAUGACUUGAUAACUCCCAGUCCUGCACUUGUAUCCUUCCAUAAGUAUGUACAACUGCUGUAUAAAUAUUUAUCAACUUAUUCCUUGGAGUACAGCAAGCAUUAGAACCAACUCAAGAAAAUGUGGCAGCUUUCUGCAGAAUAUGGUCACAUGGGAUCAUAAAUUAAAUCUCAAUUUUACAAAGCAGCAGUACACAAUGAAGUUGAAAAUCACAUUGUGGAACAAUAUCUUUUUAAUUUGAUUGUGCUUUGACAACAUUCAAAGAAAAAGAAACAAAAAUAACUGAUACAUCAUUAUGCUUAAGCACUUAAUACAAUUUUCAAAACUCAAUAAUAACAGAGCAGUAUCAUUUCCUUGUUUCCAAAUGUUUUUAUAUGAUAAUUUACUCAGCUCUGUAUUUGAAGUAACAUUCUCUUGAUAGACUAUAUAUGAAAUAAUGACAAGCAAAAGGCACAGAGCGUGUAAGAACAAUGAACUGACCAUGGAAAGUGAUAACUCCUUAAAAAAGAAAAAGAAAGCACCUUAAAUACCAUUACAAUUUUGUGUCAUUUGGAACUAUAUUCAUGGUCAUUUUUAUUUUGCUUUCAAGCCAUUAUCGUAAUGAUCAACAUAUAGCCAUAUUAGGCUAACAGUUUUAAAAUUAAAUAUUGAAGCCAUUUACAGUUGAGAUCUACAAUAUUAGCCAGUUAGACUUUGUGUUCACAGAGAGCAGAAAAGGAUUUAUGGGGGGAUAGGAGGAACUUACAUAAAUGAAUGUUCCUCCUACACAAUUGUUGCAUAAAAACAAAAUGUUUGAAUGCUUGUAGCAUUUGUCAGAAUGCCCCAAUAUACUUUAUUUUUGUCUGUAUACAAUUGAACAAUGUGGGGGGGGGGUUGUCAUUCUCUGUUUUUCCCUGGAUUUAUAGUGGUUAGACUUUUCUUCUUUUUGGUUUCAUUUUAAGUGUUUCCUAUUGCCUGCUUUUAGUGAUCACAACUGGAAGAGCUCAGAGUUAACAAUUUACAAAUCCUGCUGUAUGGGAACUCUUUUCCUGCUAUAAUAAGUUAUGGUGUCUCCUUUCAUUCAAUCUAAAAAAUAUGGGCAAUUACAACAUCUACCUUUUCUGAAACUUAAAAUUUUAUUCUGGAGUACAAUAUUGAAACUGAAGUAUUAGAAUGAAACUGUAGCGACUUAAAAUUAUUAGCUUUAAAUCAGAUUGCUUUUACCUGGCAACUCUUAAUAUACAAGGACAACAACUUCCAGAUGCAGGUGUUUACUCUAAGGCACACUGACAUCACAUGCAUUAUUGUGCCAGUGACAUGAAUUAUACUGAUGCAAAUUACAUAAUGAAUGUCACUUGCAUAACAACAUCAUAAAACCUGUACUUUCUCUUGCCUUUCUGUAUGCACACCUCCUUCCAACAGCAUUCUGUAGAAAAAAGUUUCUAUCUCAAUACAUUUGGGUUCAUUAGUUUAGGAAAGAUUACCUUAAAACCACAAAGUUUUGUAUUUCUAGAUACAGAUUUGAUUUAUUGGGGAAAUCUAGUAAUCAGAGUGGUUUUAAUGUGGCUUAAUUAGAAGAUAAUGUUAAAUUAUGCUCCCUGCGAGUCCCUUGGACUGCAAGGCAUUCAAACUGGUCAGUCCUAGAAGAGAUCAACUCUGACUGCUCUUUAGAAGGCCAGAUUCUGAAGUUGAAACUC